AUGACCAACCACGACCCCGAUAAGGACACCCCCAAGGGCAUAGCCAACAAGAACCUAAUGGUGAUCGAGAGCCAGACUGCAUCUCCCUCAACUCCCAUUGGUGCUCGUGCUCCCGUUCCCUUCGGUCCUCCCAUUCCCCGCCUUGCGGACACGCGCCUAGAAAAGGUCCCCGGCGGUCUCAAGGAUCCGUCUCGCCUUAAGACCAAGAUUUCCCAGCUUCUGGACAAGGACGGUGACUAUCCAGAGGUCGAUGGCUUCCGCUUCAAGACCCUAGAAGAAGCUAGGGCGCCCAUGGACGAGCCUCAGUGGUAUUCUCCAGAGGUCGACCCCUCCAUCCCCGAGACCGACGCAGAGUAUCGUAAGUUCGUCGAAAUGUUGAUGCUAGCUUUCAAGGAUAUGACCCGCGCCAAGGACACCCAGGGCAACGCUUACCGCAAGCGGCUAACUCCGGGUGAAGGUGUCUAUUACCAGGACUGGGCUAUUGAAGCGUGCUCCUGGGACAUCGUCGGCAUGGCCAAGGACAUCCACCUGAACGGCUUCAAAGUUCGCAUCUACGAUAAGUCCAUCAUCGACAACAUCAGCCAGACCAAGGACUGGACUUUCGGACAGCGUAUAGAAUGGAUCUGUGCGGUGCUGAGGACCUCCAAGCAGAUUGGCGUUACUCUGAUGAAGAACGAGAAGACCUGGACUACUAUUGGCGCUCCCCACAAGCUGUACAGUAGCACCAUCGUCAACUGCGUCUCGAACGCGCACCGCGGCCAGUGGAUCAAGGUCGGCCGUGACAACGACCAGCACCAUCAGAAUCGUCCGAUUCGGGGUAGGCGUACUGCGGCUGAGAUGAUCGCGUCCGGUGACAACGAUGACACUGAUGAUUCUGGAGUGACUCCGGGUUCUCAGAUGAUGUUACAACCGCGACAGCCGGCUCAGAAGCGCCAGAAGCGUAGUCAACCGGGUAUGAAUGUCAUUCGGCAUGACCACCCAGCCAUGGCCAAUGACUCUGAAGGCGAGAUGUCUCCCGGAAAGAUGAAGAAGAAGCGCAAGACCACAACCCAGUACAACUCGUCAUCCCCCACCUACGUUGUUCAGUCAGAGACUUCGGCAUCUCAGCGGGAUAAGCACCACCCUGGUGCUGACAUAGGCGUUACCUUUUCGGACGUACUUCCCAUGAAGCAUGUCGUCGCUGUCCCCGUGCAAGCUGCUCGAAAGAACGGUGCCCAAGCUGAUGAUGUUGUCUUCAAGGAUGCUUUCAGCAAGGACGUAUUCAGCGAGGGUGCUAAUGGCAAGAACGCCUCUAACGACGGCGGGGACGGCUCCAUCAAGGAUAAGGGCAAGGGCAAGAUGAAGAAGACUAAGGACACCGGUUUCGUCAACUACCAUUGCGGAACUAAGGGCAUGGACGAGCUUGACUCGGACAGCUUUCGAGCGGCAGGUCGCGCGCCAGGAGGCUUCACCCGAACCGGAUCUCCCUCGUCCUCUGAGCUCUCCGAUGCACCUGAUGAUCUGCUAUCUCCUGGCUCUGGCUCUCCAACUCCCAACCACAAGCAGAAGGAGCUGCUGGACGACCCCGAGGACAAGGUUUCCAUUGAGGAGUACGCCAAGCUUCGGGGUGAGAUGGAUGAGCUGAAGGCGGCGCAAGCUGAGACCGACAAGAUUUUGGCGGCACUCCGCGCGGAGAACGCGCGCUCGUUGGCCUCGUUCCAUCAGGGCUCUUGA